AUUUGAAAUUUGAUAACGAGCGAAAGAAAUAAUAGACAUAUUAUUAAAAUUUGAAUACAAAGGAAAAUGUAAACACAUCGCGGAGUGAUUAGAGUUUUGAUGUACUAUAAAUAAAUAGUUUGGACUGUAACUACUGACAUACAUACUCUUGCUGAAAUAGUUUGUGCACGAUGAAAAAGUUUGCAUUUCAAGAUUCAAGUGAUUCACGAUUCUCUGGAUGUAUGUUUUUUGAAAUCUAUAAAAAUGCUGACUUCCUACGUCACAAUAAUAAUGUAGAAACCAUAUUAUCCAAGGGCUAUCAGCUAAGACGAGCAUUGAAAGAUAUCUCUCCGGGUGAAAAAGUUACAAUGCAAAACAUGUGGAUAACUUCAGUAAAAGACAUACCUCUGUUAGUAAUAAAGAGUGGGCCAAAUGUAACUGUAAAACACUAUGAGUUUACAGCAAACCGUUUGACUGGUUUAACAGCCGCAUAUGCUGUUGCCAAAUGCUCACAAUUCCCCAAUUUACAGAUAACUGAGGCUCAGGCACUUGGUUUAAAAUGGGAUAAUAAGGGCCCGGUUAUGCCUAAACUGAACUUGGCAGCUGUAAGUGGUACUGAACAUUUCUAUGAACAGUUUUCUUUCUGGCCUUUAGUAUGUGCGUUGAAAAAGUUUCAGCUUAAGAAAAUAACACUAGACCCUGUGGUCAAAAUGGCAAAGAUCAAAAAUAGAGAUGGCAUUCGUUUAAGCCAGGAUAUGAUGGCACAUUGGGAGACCACUUGCACACUUUGGUCACUAUUCUCCGAGGAAAAGACAGACCUCAAAAUGACUUUCAAAACAUUCCCACAAGAGCUGAAACAAUUGUUUCCUUGAACACUUGUUUAUUUAGUAUUUGAUUUAUAUUGUGAACAUGCUUUGAUUACAUAAGAUAUUAUGUAUCAAUUAAUAUGUUUAAUUAUGUAGACCUAUUAAGGCUUUUCAUUUUUUUAUGGAGCAUAUUGAUAUACAUAGCAUAUAAGUCAUAUUGGACAAUAAACAAACAUAUUUUAGCGAGUUAUUUCACAAAUUUCUUUCUUAUGUGAUAUGUCAUUUGAAAUUCUAAUUC